AUGGUGGAUGUAAACGUGGACGUGGACGUGGACGUGGUCGUCGACGUCGACGUGGACGUGGACGUGGACGUGGUCGUGGACGUGGUCGUGGUCGUGGACGUGGACGUGGUCGUGGACGUGGACAUGGUUGUGGUCGUGGACGUGGACGUGGACGUGGUGGACGUGGACGCGGACGUAGACGUGGACGUGGACGUGGACGUGGACGCGGUCGUGGACGCGGUCGUGGACGCGGUCGUGGACGUGGACGCGGUCGUGGACGCGGUCGUGGACGCGGUUGUGGACGCGGACGUGGACGCGGUCAUGGAAGCGGUCGUGGACGUGGACGCGGUCGUGGAAGCGGUCGUGGACGUGGACAUGGACGUGGUCGUGGACGUGGACUUGGACGUGGACGUGGACGUGGACGUGGUCGUGGACGUGGACGUGGACGUGGACGUGGUUGUGGACGUGGAGGUGGACGUGGACGUGGACGUGGACCUGGACGUGGACCUGGACGUGGACCUGGGCGUGGACAUGGACGUGGACGUGGUGGACAUGGACGUGGACAUGGACGUGGACCUGGACCUUGACGUGGGCGUGCACGUCGACGUGGACGUGGUGGACGUGGACGUGGAUGUGGUCGUGGACGUGGAGGUGGACAUGGUCGAGGACGUGGACGUGGACGUGGACGUGGUCGUGGACGUGAACGUGGACGUGGAUGUGGACAUGGACGUGGUCGUGGACCUGGAGGUGGAUGUGGAAUUGGACGUGGACGUGGACGUGGACGUGGACGUGGACGUGGUCGUGGACGUGGACGUGGUGGACGUGGACGUGGACGUGGUCAUGGUCGUGGACGUAGACGUGGACGUGGUGGACGUGGACGUGGACGCGGUCGUGGACGUGGACGUGGACGUGGUCGUGGACGUGGACGUGGAGGUGGACCUCGACGUGGACGUGGACCUGGACGUGGACGUGGGCGUGGACGUGGACGUGGUGGAUGUGGACGUGGACGUGGACCUGGACCUGGACGUGGGCGUGGACGUCUACGUGGACGUGGUGGACGUGGACGUUGACGUGGUCGUGGACGUGGACGUGGACAUGGUCGUGGACGUGGACGUGGACGUGGUCUUGGACGUGAACGUGGACGUGGACAUGGACGUGGUCGUGGACCUGGAGGUGGAUGUGGACUUGGACGUGGACGUGGACGUGGACGUGGUUGGGGACGUGGAGGUGGACGUGGACGUGGUCGUGGACGUGGACGUGGUCGUGGUCAUGGACGUGGACGUGGACGUGGACGUCGACGUGGUCGUGGACGUGGACGUGGACGUGGUCGUGGACGUGGACGUGGACUUGGACGUGGUCGUGGACGUGGACGUGGACUUGGACGUGGACGUGGACGUGGACGUGGACUUGGACGUGGACGUGGACUUGUUCGUGGACGUGGACGUGGACGUGGACAUGCGCGUGGACGUGGACGUGGACGUGGACGUGGUCGUGACGUGGACGUGGUCGUGGUCGUGGACAUGGACGUGGACGUGGUGGACGUCGACGUGGACGUAG